AUGGGGAUGUGCGUCUUCACUUACAAAUUUCAAGUCACGCGUUGGGCGGGUGAUUUUGGCGCCCGUGAUUCAGUCGCCAAUCAACCGCUUCGGUCUCAGCUAAUACAAAACUGUGUGCCUAAUGCCUCCGAAGCAGGCCGGGCGGCGGGGCCCAGCCAAGAAGCGCAAACUUGAGGCCACCAGCCCCAACGGCAAGCCAAAGAGGGCCAAGCCUGGACCUGGUCGACUGCUCAAGAAGAAUUCCACUGUUGUCUCGACCAAUGAGCCUGAGCCUGAAGCGGGGCCUCAGGACCUGCUUGACUCCGAGACGACGAUCUUCCUGCAGCUUUUGGAGGACGACGUCCAUCGCUUGCCGCCACCACCGCCGCCGCUUCCUAAGCGCCGUGGCUCAGCCAAAUCUCCUCUCGAAAAGCGCAUUGUGGAGUUCCAAUUGCCCUUCAAGGAGGCGGAGAUCAAAAGUCUCGAGGAGCGUCAAUGGGUGCGCCGCCCACCCCCAUUCGGCAAGAUCAGUCGCUGCGUCUACGUGUCCACCAAGAUGCCUAUCGCUGAUUUCCCCGUGCACAAAUGUACGUGCUAUGAGGAGAUCCACAAGUCCAUGACCAAGCGCACGACCAUGAUGGCCAGUGCCAAGGCUCAGAAGGUGCUGGCAGACAAAGAACAGGACAUAGAGAAACAUGACGAGAUGGAGAGGAUCGUGUACUGUGGAGAAGGGUGCUACAACCGCAUGCUGUUGAUCAGUUGCUCGGAUGAAACAUGCUCCGCCCCGGACCCGAGCUUGUGUAGCAAUCGUGCCAUCAAGAGACGGGAACUCAAGUCAAUGAGAGUGGAGUACAUUCCCGGCCCUGGAUUUGGACUCAUCGCCAACGAGGACAUCAAUGCGGGAGAGUUCGUCAUUGAAUACGUGGGCGAAGUCAUUGAUGACAAGGAGUGCGAACGCAGGAUGAUCACAUACAGGGACAACGGCGAGGUCAACUUCUACAUGAUGGAACUGGAGAAGAACAUCGUCAUCGACGCCAAGUACCGCAGUAACGACUCACGCUUCAUCAACCACAGUUGCGACCCCAACUGCGUGACCCAGAAAUGGAACGUGGAUGGAAUGCAACGCAUUGGUAUUUUCGCACGCCGUAACAUUGCCCCCAACGAGGAGAUCACAAUCGACUAUAACUUCUCACAUUUCGGCGAGGCUGCCGACUGCAGAUGUGGCUCCACUUCGUGUACAGGAAAGAUCGGUCUCAAGCGGUCGAAGAUUCCUUCGUUCGAUCCUCGUGUGGUGGGUACCGCCAAGGCAAAGAAACAGGUGCCAGUGGAUGAGGAACCACCCGAGCUUAAACGUCCCGUUCAUUUGACCUCGCUGGCGCUGCUGAAAAGCUCGCAGAUGCACGAUAGUUGGUUGGAGUAUUACGGGUUCAAGAAUCGUCGACUGUUCCUCAGCCAUCGAUCACGACGUCCCAAGAAAGAAGAAGGAAAUGUACAUAACGGCGAGCUACGUUGUCUGCCAUCAAGUAGUCCUUCCUCGGUGUGCUCCACAACCACUGAAGAGGAUGUAUCUCUCACACCACCACAAGCAACUCACAGUAAACCUGUCGAAAAGAUAUCACGUAACAGCAACUGGUACGAGAAGGUGAUAGCAGGGAAACACCUGCCUGAAAUGAGGGCUCUUCACAGCUACAUUUGCGGAGGUAUAUCCGACUGGACGAUACACCUCACAACGGAUUUCACGAUAGAAGCUUCUUCUCCUGUGCUGGCUAAGAAGGGACCUGGUCGCCCUCCUAAGAAGCGUGGUCGUCCGAAAGCAAAUCAGACUACUUCGGGUACUAAACUCAUUCACAAACGACUGGGUCUCUCUCAAGCACAAGCACGCUGCAUUGAUGAACUUGCAGCGUUUGCAGAGGGCAAGUCUAAAUGGAACAAGCGCGUUCCGUCCUCCAGCUCUAUUGAUCCAGACCGCAUUCAUCGCCUGAUUGACCGUGUCAAGGGCAAGCAGAUCUUCGUCAACACCGACCAGAACGACUUGAACGAAGAUGCGUGCUUCCGCUGUGGCCUAGCAGGCGAACUCAUUUGCUGCGAUGGCUGCCCUGCCGCCUUUCAUCUCAACUGUACAAACCUCGCUAUGGUUCCUCCGGAUGGAAUCCCAUGGUUUUGCUCUGAAUGCACCAACCCGAAACAUCUUCAGAAGACUACGGAGACGGCACAAACAGCGGCUAUCGCUGCAAGAAGCAGUGGCCGUACAACGCCAACUGACUACUCUGGUCGUCAUCUGCGCACACAUGCAGCGCAUCAGAUUCCGAGUCUCAAGAAGAUUUUUCAUGUCCCGGCUCCUCACACCAAGCGCCGCUAUAAGAAGCGGCAUAAAGCCACCGAUCGAUCCUACCGCGAGCUGGAGCACAUGCCACUACCCGUGUGGAACGAAAGUGAUGCGAGCGAAACUGAGCAGUAGCAAUACUGCAACAGAAUCAGCUGAGAACUCGGCGGUGGUGUGCUUCAAAUAGCGACCUAUGUGGGCAUUCGGAUGGUCGCCAGAGCUGUGGCUACCUACUUGCAUGGGGCUUGUCGACUUUGUAUCUUUGUCCUUAAGAAACUGAUCUUCUCAUCUAGAAAUUGAUGAAAAAUAAAACGCAUUGUUUGUUGAAAGGGAUGCUAGUAAAAUUGAAGUUGUAAAGUG